AAAAAAAAUAAAGCCAUAGUGUCAAAACUGACAAGUGUCAAGCAGUGACAAGAGAAAAUAUUCCCAACAAUUAAUUUUAAAAGUAUAUUUAAUUCUCUUUUCAUAAUUAGAAAUAAUUUUAAAUAUUAUCGCCUUAUAUUUACAAUUAUUGUUACAAUGGCAGAUCGACUGACACAAUUGCAAGAUAUGAUAAAUCAGCAAGCUGAACAUUUUUGUAAUAGUAUUGGAAUUUUACAACAAUAUUCCACUCCCAGUAAAUUUCCUGGUUUCGAUCGUGUUGGAACUCCGCAACCAAAUCAACCGCAAGAAGAUUACGCGGCAUUAUUUGCAACGUUAAUUGCAAAAUGCGCAAAAGAUAUUGAUACAUUAAUUGAUAGUCUACCAAGUGAGGAAUCAUCACAGGAAUUACAAGUCGCAAGUCUUAGUCGUCUUGAAAAAGAAAAUCAAGAAGCGGGCGAAAAACUCGAGGAAGUUGUACGUGAGGGUGAAAUUUUAUUGUCACGUAUUCAAGCUGCACUUCAAGAUAUUGCUCAAAGUCAACUUGACAUGCAAAAUCCAUUGGCAACAGCUGUAAUUAAUACAAAUCUCAAUUUUGAAACAACACCAUCAAUAAAACAAGAGAAUCUCGUUACUAAUAGUGCGCCAUCAAGUAAUAGUCAUCAAUUACCAGAUCCAUCGCCAAGUUCUAUCAGUCAAUAGAAAUUACACGAAAAAAAAAAAUUUUUUUUUACAAUUCAAAUGUUCAUUUCAUUGACAAAAAAAAACGAAUCAUCUACCAUUUAAUGUGUAUAUAUAAUAAAUAUUUAAUAUUAUUCGAAAUAAAUAUUUAAGA